CUUCUUCUAUUUUCUUUUUGUUUUCUCUAUAUUUGUUCAAAACUUAUUGCAAUCUUCAUCAUCUUCAAUAGCUCCAAAAAGGAUGCAUAUCUCUGGAAGUUCCUCAUCAACACCCUUCUCCAUAGAGCUAUUUGCCUCUCAAGAGCAAGAAGUUCGCUUCAAUCAAGAUUUUGCAAAAAUAAGAAUCCUACAAUCGUACCACUUGGAAGAGAAGGUAUUUAAAGAUAGUAAAUUUUUGAAGUUUGAAGAAGCUUGAAUAAGGGGCUUUAUAUGUGACAUCCCUAAAAAGAUGUUUUCAAGUUUGGUAAAGAUGUUCUAUUCCAACCGUAAAUAUGUGGGAAGAAUCCAUAGCAGUGAAUUGAAAAAGCAUUAAAUCAACUUAUCCCUGAAUACAAAGUUGAAGGUAAUUAUUUUUCUUAUUUAACGCUUGUUGUUGUUGUUUCCUUCUUAGUUGAUCCUAGAUCCGAUGUUUUUACUCUCUUCAAGGUGACAACAAUUCUCCCUAAUAUCCCUCUCACCCAUUACGUGGUCUCACAUAUCCUUCUCUCCGUGAUAUUCCUCUCACCCAUAAUGGUCUCACAAAGAUAAGUUAAGUAUAGGAAAUUAUUUUUAUAAUUAAAGCAAUAUAAAAAACAAAAAACAAAAAAUUGAUAUAAUAAAUGACAUGUAUUAGCAAUGAGACGUGUCGAGCUCCGGUAUAAAUAGAAAGUAUCUUCAUUUAUGUGAAUGGAACAAACACUAUGGUGUUGCUUCAACCAGUGGCUUCUCCUUCGUCUUGUUCUUCCUGUUUCGUUAGGGGCUCUCUUCACUUCUGUCGAUCCCUCUCCGUAAGCUUUGCCCCGAAACCAGUAAAACAUUUCAUCUGCAAUGCUUCAUGGCAAGAGCUUGCUGGAGUUUUACUAUUCUCAGCUAUUCCUUUCACUGCCGUCAAAGCUAUAGCUAAUAGUCCCCUUGGGGACUCGCUUCAGACCAAAAUGGAACAGACUAAGAAAUUUGCUCUUCAAAACUCCUCCAAAUUCAAGGCUCGGGCUCUAAAAGCAAGAAAAAUGAGCUUUUGGUAUGGAGAAGGUCGGCCUCGUUGGCUUGGUCCUAUUUCAUAUGGAUAUCCAUCCCAUCUUAUUGGGGAACUGCCCGGGGAUUAUGGCUUUGACAUUGCCUCCCUUGCCAAGGAUCCGGUGGCGCUGCACAAAUAUUUCAACUUUGAGAUAUUGCAUGCUCGCUGGGCUAUGCUUGCAUCUGUUGGUGCUUUGAUUCCUGAGUUAUUGCAUCUCUUGGGACCCUUUCACUUUGUUGAACCUGUUUGGUGGCGUGUUGGUUAUUCAAAGCUCCAGGGAGAUACUCUAGAUUACCUUGGCAUCCCAGGUCUUCACUUAGCUGGAAGCCAGGGAGUGGUUGUGAUUGCUAUUUGCCAAGUUCUCCUUAUGGUUGGACCAGAAUACGCUAGAUAUUGUGGGAUUGAGGCAUUGGAGCCUUUAGGAAUAUUUCUGCCUGGUGAUAUAAACUACCCCGGAGGAGCAUUGUUUGAUCCCUUAAGUCUGUCCAAAGACCCUGAAGCUUUUGAAGAUCUGAAGGUGAAAGAAAUAAAAAAUGGACGCUUGGCAAUGAUGGCUUGGUUAGGCUUCUUCGUGCAAGCGGCAGUGACGGGUAAAGGUCCUGUAGAAAACAUUAUGGAUCACAUCUCUGAUCCUUUUCACAACAACUUGCUGGGGUCGCUCAAUUCAAUGAAAUUACACUAGGAUCUAUCUUAUAUAUAUUUUAAGUUGGAUAGUCUCCAAGAAGUUUUUCUCUCCAAAAUUAACAAUGGCAUUUGAUGUAUCUUAAUACAAUUUUUUUUUCAAUAGGCCUGUAGUCCUAACCAAGAGAAUAAAGGUGGUCAUAAUGUUUAUGAUUAA